AUGCCAUUUCCAGAAGAUUUUGCAGUAGAACCGUUCAUGGACAAACAUGAGACUAAUGCACUUUUCAAUUUGGGUGAAACUUGCUGUUAUUCUUUAUCAUUAGAUGAAAUUGAACAGCUUUCAGGGAAUAAGUUCAAUUUUAAUACCAAGACAAGGUUAUCCUAUGGUGCAAUAAAGGGAUCUGAUGAAUUACGUACUUCAAUUGCAAGUUUGUAUGGCCCAGAUUUUACUAUGGAUGAUAUUUUAUUAACUAAUGGUGCAAUUGGUGCUAAUUUUUUGGCUUUUUAUACUCUUGUUGGUGCAGGUGAUCAUGUCAUCUGUGUCGAACCAACGUACAGCCAACUAUACAGUGUCCCCGAAAUGUUUGGUGCUGAAGUGGAUUUAUUAACUUUAAAAAAAGAGGAUGACUUCUUGCCAAAUUUACAAACACUUAAAUCCAUGAUCAAAAAUAAUACUAAAUUAAUUAUUAUCAACAACCCUAACAACCCACUGGGAAGUGUCAUUAAAAAGGACCUGUUAAAACAAAUAUGUAAAUUAUGUGAGGAAAAUGACAUUUACUUACAUUCUGAUGAAGUAUAUAGACCAAUUUUCCAUUCACUAGAAGAUGAAAUGGUUCCUCCAAGUGCUUGUGAGCUUUAUAGUAAAGCCAUCGUUUCUGGAUCCAUGUCUAAAGCUUAUUCAGUUGCUGGUAUUAGAUUAGGAUGGUUAGUGAGCAAAGAUAAACAAUUCUUGAGGGAUGCAGCAUCAAGAAGAGAUUAUAAUAUGAUAUCCGUUAGUAUGAUCGAUGAUCAAAUUGCACAAUAUGUUUUAGAUAAUCGCGAAUAUGUCAUCAAACGUAACUAUGAGUUAUGUUUAAAUAAUUUCAGGUUAUUAAACGAUUUUAUGGAUGAACAUAGUGAUAAAUUCGAAUUUUAUCACAAGCCAACUGCUGCCACCGUUUGUUUAGCUAAAGUCAAAGGAGUUAAUGACACAAUGAAAUUUGCGACAUUUCUUGCUGAAAAAUAUGGCGUAUUAGCUGUACCAGGUGAAGCAUUUGGUGUCCCAGGUACCAUUAGAAUCGGAUAUUGUAAUUCUGAAGAUGAUAUCAAACUAGGUUUAAAACACUUGGCAGAUGCUUAUAUCGAAUGGUUAAAAAUUAUGUAA